AUGGGGGUGCUGCUGGUGCUGGGGGUGCUGCUGGCGGCAGCUUUUGCCAAAGAGAACUUUGUGGGGCACCAGGUUCUCCGAAUCCAUGUGGUGGAUGAAGCCCAGGUACAGGAGGUGAAGGAGCUGGAGGAACUGGACCACCUGCAGCUGGACUUCUGGCGUGGCCCGACCCAGCCCGGCUCCCCCGUCGAUGUCCGAGUGCCCUUCCCCAGCCUGCAGCCCGUCAAGGUCUUCCUGGAGUCCCGUGGGAUUGAGCACUCGGCCAUGAUUGAGGACGUGCAGUCGCUGCUGGACGAGGAGCAGAACCAGAUGUUCGCCUUCCAGACCCGGGCCCGCUCCACCGAUUCCUUUAACUACGCCAGCUACCACACGCUGGAGGAGAUCUACGACUUCAUGGACAUGCUGGUAGUUGAAAACCCACAGCUCGUCAGCAAGAUCCAGAUCGGCCGCUCCUACGAAGGUCGCCCCAUUUAUGUGCUGAAGUUCAGCACUGGGGGAAACAACCGUCCGGCUUUCUGGAUCGACACAGGCAUCCAUUCCCGGGAGUGGGUUACGCAGGCGAGCGGGGUCUGGUUUGCGAAGAAGAUCGUACAGGACUAUGGCACGGAUGAACGUCUCACAAGCUUUCUUAACAACAUGGAUAUCCUCCUGGAGAUCGUCACCAACCCUGAUGGUUUUGCCUUCACCCACACCAAGAAUCGCUUGUGGCGCAAGACACGCUCCCUCACGCCUGGAUCCUCCUGUGUGGGGGUGGACCCUAACAGGAACUGGGAUGCUGGCUUUGGGCUGGCCGGAGCCAGCAGUAACCCAUGCUCAGAGACCUACCAUGGCCAGUUUGCCAAUUCCGAAGUGGAGGUCAAGUCCAUUGUAGACUUCGUGAAGGCCCAUGGGAACAUCAAGGCCUUCAUUUCCAUCCACAGCUACUCCCAGCUCCUCCUCUAUCCCUAUGGCUACAAGACAGAUCCAGUCCGUGACCAGAGUGAGCUGGAUCAGCUAGCCAAGUCGGCAGUGACUGCCCUGGCUUCUCUAUAUGGGACCAAGUACAAGUAUGGCAGCAUCAUCCACACAAUUUACCAAGCCAGUGGAAGCACCAUCGACUGGACUUACAACCAGGGCAUCAAGUACUCCUUCACCUUUGAGCUCCGGGACACAGGGCGCUACGGCUUCCUGUUGCCAGCCUCACAGAUUGUCCCCACUGCCUCUGAGACCUGGCUGGCACUUCAGGUCAUCAUGGAUUAUACCCAGAGCCACCCAUACUGA